GCCUGAUCCAAGUUUUAUCCUCUUUCUCUAUGAUCGGGAGGAGAGAAGUCAUGCUCGAUCUCAGAAGUGAAGGAUCACUUCAGCCAAAUUGAUCUGCUUUGGGACCCUUUUAUUUCCUUUUACAAUGUCCUUUUCACCCCUAGCAAUGCGUAUUCUCUUCACCUUGUUUCAUCAGAGCCAAAUGUUAAUGGACCAAAGGACACCCUCACCAUUGAAUGAUCACGAUUUAUUUGACCAAAAGGCAAAGAGAAGAGAAGCAAAGUUUGUGGGAAAUUAUCUGGGUCUGACAGAAGCCAGCAAUGGCUCCAUUCGCACGCCCAAGCGGUUUCAGAUACAUCCCCGUUAAUAUCCAAGAUGAUGAUGUACCACCUUCGCCUUGCGGUUCGGAGCUAACGACAGGUACCGGUGAUAUCAUAUACACUCCUUCAACAUCUGACAGCAAUGUCGGUAGUAAAGGAGACCUAAAAGAAGACGAUUAUGCUUCAGAGAGUGAUGUGCUGCUCACAUCUCCUCCCCCUGAAUAUCAGGACAUUGCUCAAAGGACUAAAGAUGUUAUUGUCGAUACAAAAGUUAGCAACGAAGUUCAUUCGGAACGUGAUAUUCCAGCCGACAGCCUUCGCAAGGACGCUGAAGCGGGAUAUCGUGGGCGACGGAAAGAGAAAGAUGCUCGACGGUGCCAAUUUACCAAAUGGUCGCUAUGCGUCGGAAUCGCCAAGUUUAUCCUUCUUGCCAGUCUAGUGUGCAUGGUGUUCAAGAGCUUAUUCUAUACAAACGACGGACACCACGAGCAUCACGACCAUGAAGACGGGUAUCACGAUGGUUCUGGUGACGGGCCAACCCCCGGGAGGGAGAUCAAAAUCCGCAGACGCUCCACUGGGAUCGCUGGCAAAUACCCUCUGUACGAUUUGCUUUCUCUGCGGACCAGGUCUGGCUCUAUAGCCGUUGUCAUCGAUCCACAACCAGCUGACCCAAACGAUCCCGACAAACCUGCCCGGGUAGACAUAAGCUCCAGAUCUGGAAGCGUUUUGGUGCAGUUCCGCAUGCCAGAGCACGAAGGGUGGUAUAACUAUGCCGAAUUCGAUGAUGAUAUGAAAGAUCUCAAAGCCGAACUCGGAUCAAUACGAGACGAGGGAAGAGCCAGGUGGACGAAAUCGCGCCCAAUGCGUUCGCACUCAACCCGCAAAUCCAAAUGGAAUGCCCAUUCCACGAAGAAAUUAACCACCUUACCUCCUCGACCGUACGAAAUCAAAAUCACCACCCGCAGCGGCAGCAUCACCGCCAACGUCGCUUUCUCCACUGGCGCAAAAAUAUCCUCCCGCAGCGGGAACAUCAACGCCCGCCUGACGCCACUUGUCUUCCAGGACGCAGAUUACCUAGAGAAAUAUAAGAAUGUCUCCAUCACCACUGCCAACCGACAGGGCGAAACAAAUCUCGUGCUAAACGAAGCACUAAUUUUCCAAAGACCAGAAUCCAACCACUCGCAUCCACCAUGGAUGCGUGGCCUUCGACAUUCUUAUGAACUGACUGCCACGGCGACGCACACCACAAGAGGCCUGGGCUCUGUAUUUGUUACCUACCCGCCAUCUUGGGCCGGACAUGUCCACGCGAUUGCUUCAAGGACGGGAAACAUCCUUGUUGGUGGAGAGGGGGUCCAGAUCAUUCAACGAGGGAAGACAUUUGUAGACGGUGUUAAAGAGGCCGAGAGAACAUUGCCGAUAGAGAAAGAGUGGUGGGGAAGCAGAGGAGAUAUGAAUGUUAAACUUGGGGGACGGACAAGCAUGGUUCAAUUCUGGGUCAGGGAUGAUUGAUUGAUUAGUACAUGUUUCCCUCCCUCCCUCUCUUAUUGGGCAUGUGAUGAUUUGAAAAGGUUCUGAAGUUCUUUCUUGUCUGGUUCUCUCGUUUCAUGGAAUGGACAUAUGUAGGUACCUGACAAUCUGACAUUUAUUAUGGUUAACACGCAAAAGGAAGAAUGAAUCUGUUAGACUC